AUGCGCCUCCUACAACGUUCGUCUGACUCCGUCGGCUUCAGCCUUGUUGAGCGAUUCAAGGAGGAAGUCCCGCCCUACGCAAUCCUAUCGCACACUUGGGGUUCGAACGAAGAUGAAGUCACAUUCUCUGAUCUGAGAGACGAGAAAGCUAAGGCUAUUCCUGGUUAUAACAAGCUCGUCUUCUGUUCUGAGCGCGCUGUUAGCGACAAGCUAGAGUUCUUCUGGGUGGACACAUGCUGCAUUGACAAGAGCAGUAGCGCUGAAUUGACCGAGGCCAUCAAUUCCAUGUUCAAAUGGUAUCAGCAGGCGGAGAAGUGCUAUGUCCUACUCUCAGACGUGGAGAUCGAUGUACCGGUCGAAGACAUAUCUCAACAACAAUGGGUCCAAAUAUUCCACAGCAGUAGAUGGUUUCAGCGAGGUUGGACACUGCAAGAGAUGCUUGCGCCACGAGUGGUUGAAUUCUUCUCGAAGACAGGAAAACCACUAGGGGGCAAGGUCACACUGCUACAGGCUCUCCACCUUCGAACCCGGAUACCUGUCCUGGCACUUCAGAGCGGUUCACUAGAAGAUUUCAGCAUCGAGGAUCGCAUAUCAUGGAUCGAGGGACGCCAGACGAAGAGAGAAGAGGAUUCAGCAUAUUCUCUAUUGGGUUUGUGUGGCGUCUACAUGCCGCUAAUAUACGGUGAGGGAUCCGCAAGAGCAUUGACGCGGUUGCGUGAUGAAGCUGAGCGAUCGCUACACAACAAAGUGCCUCGAUGGACGGUUCCUUUUCGCCGCGAAAACGAAUUCCACCAUGGCGAUUGCUUGGAGAAGGUGUAUCAGAUAUGCUCCCAGAAUGCUGGCUGGGCAUCCCUGAUUGGGCCCGCAGGCGUUGGGUGCUUCCAAUUCAUCAAAUAUCUCGAGGAGUAA